UCUCAAAAUGAAUGAAUGCGCCCUUUCCAGAUUAUAGAAGGAGUACAUCUUGUUGAAAAACGUCAAAUUCUAAUUCAAAAACUGAAGGAAAAGAUGACAUCCAAAAUAACACCACCGAUAGAAAGAAUCCAACUUUUGGAUACUAUCGAAAAAGAAGUCAUAAAUUGUUUACAAAGCGCAGGAGCAGCUAUCUCGGAAUUGGGUAAAGAAAAAUCAAGCAUGAAACAAGUAGAGCAGAAUACGACUCAUUUCUUGAAAUCUCUAGCAGUUGUAGAAUCUAAAUUGAGUGAGCAAAUUAAUUAUCUUACGCAAGUUUCUACAGGCCAACCACAUGAAGGUUCUGGAUAUGCAAGUCAAAAGGUACUCCAAAUGGCAUGGCAUAGGUUAGAGCAUGCACGAAGUAGAGUUAAUGAGCUAGAGCGUAUAAAAAAUAAAUUACGAUAAUAAUAAAUUACGAUAAAAAUAAACAUUUUUCAUUAUGUAUGUUAAAUUUUAUACUGAUAAAAUAAAUUGACUAUAAAUUA